CUUAGCAGGACUUGAUGAUGGAUUCAUAGCCACAAUGUCUGAAGUUAAUUUUAAGCAAGAUUACCAUGCGGCACAUUCUGCGGCUGACAUGGGUGGUGAAUUCACUCUUUCACAUAUGGUUGAUUUGGAUUAUCUAGAGGAUGAAUGGCGAGUGCCUGUUGAUGAUAUAAUAGAAAUAUAUAAAAGAAUCAACCAAACAGCAUCGAGAAAGCAUAUAGAUUAUUGUGUUAAACAAGCAUUUGCUGCCAUGCAAGCUAAUAAA